AUGUUAAAGAAAGCGGAUGACCUUCAAACCGCGCUGCUUAAUUACCGGAACACCCCACCCCAGGGACACACUUCCUCACCUGCACAGCGCAUGCUUUGCCGAAGGACAAGAACUACCCUGCCAACACCAGACCACCUUCUAAAGCCAUCGCCACUCAACCCGGAGAUGGUCGCUCAAGAACUCAGCCUUAAGCGGACUGCGAGUAAACAAUACUACGACAGGUCAGCAUCCAAAACACACAGUCGUCUGCGUAUUGGCUCCCGCGUCUAUGCGAAACCACCAGCGACACAAAAGAGUCGGUCCUGGAUAUGUGGCACGAUCAUUUCGCGAGACACACCUCGAUCCUACACCAUUCAAACCCCGAUUAACAGUAUCCGUAGAAACCGUGUCCACAUCAAGCCAGCAGCCCCACAAUCUAAUCUACCAACACUUGACAGCACUCCGCCAUCGAGCUGCGAGCCAAACCCUCCAAGCAGGAACUUUCCCAUAGCGUCUCCGACUGAAGAAAACAGUACCCACUCCGCACCACCUGUGCAGACUCUACUACAACAGCCAGCUACGGAAACCGCCACACCCAGCGAGACAGAGGGCCCUGCGACUCACGCCAACACAGGCGACAACACAGAGAACCCUGCAUCCGAGGCUAACCAAGUCAGACCCCUUAGACCUACACCAGAAAGUACCACUUCAGAGACUUCCCCAGAGAACACCAGAACGCGAACCCGGAUAAUUAAACCUCCUUCAAGGUUCAGAGACUAUGAAUUGACCUAG